UAUUAUUAGGGUGCAUUCAAAGCAGAAAGGAAAAUCUGAAGCGUUGAAAAUGAUGCACAUGCAAAAUGAUCCAAAUGCACCUAUCACUUCAGCAGAAAGAGCCCAAAGAUCAGUAUUUGUGGGUAAUAUUCCUUAUGAGACAACAGAGGAACAGUUGAGGGAAAUAUUUUCUGCUGCUGGUCCAGUUGUGAGUUUUAGAUUAGUCUAUGACAGAGAGACAGGGAAACCAAAGGGCUAUGGAUUCUGUGAGUACCAGGAUGUGGAAACCGCCCAGAGUGCCAUGCGGAACUUGAACAACUAUGAUUUCAAUGGGCGGCCUCUGAGGGUGGGCGUGGCAGCUGGGGAGCAGAAUAGGGAUGAAAUGAAGGGAUUACAGCAGGCACUAGGGGGUCCCAUCAUGGAGAGUCCCUAUGGAGACCCAGUGGAGCCAGAGAAGGCUCCAGAGGCAAUCUCCAAAGCUGUGGCCAGUCUACCCCCAGAGCAGAUGUUUGAACUCAUGAAACAGAUGAAGUUAUGUAUCCAGAACAACCCGACGGAGGCCAGGAACAUGCUGCUACAAAAUCCACAGUUGGCCUACGCAUUACUGCAGGCUCAGAUUGUCAUGAAAAUUGUCGACCCACAAGUGGCCAUGGCUAUGUUGCACAGAGACACUAAACAGAUCCCCCCUGCCAGUGUGCCCAGCAGUGUACCUAUCUCAAUACCCCUCAGUAUUCCUCAGGUACAGCCAGUUUCAGCCCCAGGACCAAUUCCAGGUCCACAGGUUCAGAUGCCUGGAGGACCAGGACCCAGAAUGGUGGGACAGAAUCCAAUGAACCCCAACAUGCCGGGUCAAGACAUGAUGGGACCACGGGGUCCAAUGAUACGUCCAAACAUGGGCAUGCCCGGUGGGCCAGGUCCCAAUAUGGUUAUACCCGGUCAGCCAGGACCAAUGCCACAGGGCCCAGGACAGCAACCCAUGGGACCAGGACAACAGCCCAUGGGCCCGGGACAGCAGCCCAUGGGACCUGGUGUGAGACCAGAGAUCAGAGACCCCAGAAUGAUGGGCGAGCCGCGCAUGAUGGGAGAUCCCCGAGCUAUGGGUCCACGCCCAGGAAUGCCUAUGCCCACCACCACACAGUCUGCACCUAUGCCAAGGUUACCGACAGGGCUCUUGGGACCUGGUGGUUUGACGGGAGGACUCCCUAACUUGUCAGGAGGGGCCCAAAUCUCCCCACAGGAUCAGGAAAAAGCGGCCCUGAUUAUGCAGGUGUUACAGUUGACUGAUCAACAGAUCGCUAUGUUACCUCCAGAACAGAGACAGAGCAUCCUAAUUCUCAAGGAGCAGAUCUCGAAGAGUGCUGCUCAGUGAACCGUGGAUACUAACUUCACUGCUCAGUGAUCCAUGUCUACUCUCUUAAAAACUCUCUUAAAAACCUACAUUCUUUUUCUUUGUCAAUUAAGGAAUUUAAA